GGGUCAGUAUGAGGCGGAGAGAGAAGAGGUUGUUGCAGGUUGUGGUGUUGAUCAUCGCCGCGCUGCUUUUCUUCCACAGCGGCGCUCUGAGGAACUCAAACACCGGAAACACGGAGCUCUCUCACACACAGGAAUUACUCCAGAGGGAGAUGCUUGCAGACAGUCAGAGGAGGAAAGACUGGCAUGACAAUGAGGCCAUAAAGAGAGAUGCAGCAAGAACAGGAAAUGGAGAGCAGGGUAAACCGUUCCCACUAACCGACGCUGACCGAGUGGAUCAGGCUUACAGAGACAACGGCUUCAACAUUUAUGUCAGUGACAGAAUCUCACUCAAUAGAUCACUGCCUGACAUCCGCCACUCAAACUGUAAACACAAGCUGUAUGCUGAGAAUCUCCCCAGCACCAGUAUCAUUAUUCCAUUCCAUAACGAGGGCUGGAGUUCGUUACUGCGAACUGUACACAGCAUUCUGAACCGCUCGCCCCAGCAGCUCAUCACUGAGAUCAUCCUCGUAGAUGACUUCAGUGACCGAGAACACCUAAAGGCCCCAUUGGAGGAGUACAUGGCUCGGCUGCCGAAGGUGCGCAUCAUUCGCACUCAGAAGCGAGAGGGUUUGAUCAGGACCAGACUGCUGGGAGCAUCACUCGCUACAGGACAAGUCAUCACCUUCCUCGACUCACACUGUGAGGCUAACGUCAACUGGCUGCCCCCACUGUUGGAUCGUAUUGCUCAGAAUCGUAAAACGAUCGUAUGUCCAAUGAUUGAUGUCAUCGAUCACGAUAACUUCGGCUACGAGACUCAGGCAGGAGACGCCAUGCGUGGAGCGUUCGACUGGGAGAUGUUCUACAAACGCAUCCCCAUUCCUCCUGAGCUGCAGAACAGCGACCUGAGUGAACCGUUUGAGUCCCCAGUGAUGGCUGGCGGUCUGUUUGCUGUAGACAGGAAGUGGUUUUGGGAACUGGGAGGAUAUGAUACUGGACUGGAGAUCUGGGGAGGAGAACAGUAUGAGAUUUCUUUUAAGGUGUGGAUGUGUGGAGGUCGUAUGGAGGACAUUCCAUGUUCUCGGGUCGGCCAUAUUUACAGGAAGUACGUUCCCUACAAAGUCCCUGGAGGAGUAAGUUUACCUAGGAACCUGAAGCGAGUGGCGGAGGUGUGGAUGGAUGAGUAUGCAGAGUUUAUUUAUCAGCGGCGGCCGGACUAUCGCCCCCUAUCUGUAGGGGAUGUGAGCGUACAGAGGGAGCUCCGCCUCCGACUUGGCUGUAAGAGCUUCCACUGGUUCAUGACUGAAGUGGCGUGGGACUUACAGCGCUAUUACCCUGCUGUGGAGCCCCCUGCUGCUGCCUGGGGGGAGCUGCGUAAUGUGGGCAGUGGCCUGUGUAUGGAGAGUAAACACUUGUCCGGUUCUUCUCUCAGACUGGAGCCGUGUGUAAAAGGUGGAGGGAAUGCGUUGUGGAAUCGUGCACAGGUGUUUACCUUUGGGUGGAGGGAGGAUAUUAGGGUUGGAGAUCCUCUACACACAAAGAAAGUGUGUUUAGAUGCUGUUUCACACAGCAGCCCUGUCACACUGUACGACUGUCAUGGCAUGAAGGGUAACCAGUUGUGGAGAUACAGAAAGGACUAUACUCUGUUCCACCCAGUCAGUAACAGCUGUGUGGAUAGCGACUCAUCGGAUAAACGGAUUUUUAUGAACUCGUGUGAUCCAAAGUCUCCGAGUCAGCAGUGGAGAUUUGAGAACGUUAACAUGACUGUUCUCGAGCAGUUCAACAGGAACCUGCCUGCACUGUGAGAACCUCACCUUCAGAACAUCUUCAGUUUACUGGCUGCUUUUCUGCACAUGGAUGUGUUUCAGAUUCUGAACCGAGGAAGAUAAACUAAAGGAGAUAUUUGAGAACAUCUGGAUCUUCAUAUUUAGUGGAGCGAUGUGUUCGUCAGAGGAAAUACAAAAGUAUGGCCGCUUGUGUGUGUUGACUUUUCUCCUUCCAGAGGUGUUUGAGACGAUGUUGAGAUGCUGUUAAACUUGAAGCUGAACUCAGUGCCUUGAUGUGACUGUCACAGAGCGAGUGAACUCUGGUCUUGUUGUUCCAUUAUUGAUUACAGAACUGUUCCUGUUUGCACUCUGAAGGUUUUACAGGAUGUUUUUAUGACUGAGUGAAGACUGUAGGCUGAGUUUAUAUAAGAUAAAGAAUUAGACAUUAAAAUCAGGACUUAAGUUAAAUAUCAGCUGAUCCAAUAUUUGGCCUGAAACAGCUCUUGACAGUAGUGAGAUAUUCCUGUUGGUUGCAUUAGAGGAACUCUCACUGUGUGGAAGAGGUGUGUAGAUGAUGCCUGGGGAUUUAUUAAGAUCCAAUGAUCACAUGUAGAAAGUGUUAAACCUGCGUAUGAUAUUAACAGUGACAUCACGGUCCAUGACACAAGUUUAUUUAAAUCCAGUCAGUUUAAUUAGAAACAUGUUGGUCAGCUGUAAUCAGUCUGUCCAUCGUGUUCUUCACACAUCAAUGAGAUGAGGUCAUAUUGUGUGUGUGUUGUGUGUGAGCAUGUGUGCGAGUGUGUGUGUGUGAGCGAUUGCGCGCAUGUAUGUGUCUGUGUGUGUGAGCGAGUGUGUGUGUGUGUGUGUGUGUGAGCGAGUGUGUGUGUGUGUGUGUGUGUGUGUGUGUGUGUGAGCGAGUGUGUGUGUGUGAGCGAGAGUGUGUGUG